CCAGCCCCGCUGAGCCCCCGUGCUCCCCCAGGUAACGUGGUGGACAGCCAGGCGCCCAGGCUGCUGGCGAACCAGCUCCGGUGGGACCUGACGGCCGAGCAGAUCGAGAACAUGGCUGCGGAGCUGACGGAGAGGACCAAGCUGGUGUACGACCGGGUGGGCGCCCAGGAGCAGGGCGAGGUGUCCUACGAGAACACCCUCAAGGCGCUGGCAGAUGUGGAAGUGGAGUACACAGUGCGUCGGAACAUGCUGGAUUUCCCCCAGCACGUCUCUCCCUGCAAGGACAUCCGUGCAGCCAGCACUGAGGCAGACAAGAAGCUCUCAGAGUUCGACGUGGAGAUGAGCAUGAGGCAGGAUGUGUACCAGAGGAUUGUCUGGCUCCAGGAGAAGGCUGAGAGUGCCUCCCUGAAGCCUGAAGCAAAGAGGUAUCUGGAGAGGCUGAUCAAACUGGGGAAAAGAAACGGUCUCCAUCUCCCUGAGGAAACACAGGAGAAAAUCAAAGCUAUUAAGAAGAAGCUGAGCAUCCUUUGCAUAGACUUCAACAAGAACCUCAACGAGGACACCACCUACUUGCCCUUCUCCAAGGAGGAGCUAGGGGGGCUGCCUGAGGACUUCCUGAACUCCCUGGAGAAGACAGAGGAUGGAAAGCUGAAGGUCACCUUGAAGUACCCACACUAUUUCCCUCUCCUGAAGAAGUGCUAUGUGCCCGAGACGAGAAGGAAGGUGGAGGAGAUGUUCAACUCCAGAUGCAAAGAGGAGAAUUGCUUGAUCCUGAAGGAGCUGGUGGACCUGCGUGCUCAGAAGGCCAGCCUGCUGGGCUUCAGCACCCACGCCGACUUCGUGCUGGAGAUGAACAUGGCCAAAAGCAGCCAGACAGUGGCCACCUUCCUGGAUGAGCUGGCCCAGAAGCUGAAGCCCCUCGGGGAGAAGGAGCGAGCUGUGAUCCUGGACCUGAAGAAGAAGGAGUGCGAGAAGCGUGGCCUGGAGUUUGACAACCGCAUCAACGCCUGGGACAUGCGCUACUACAUGAACCAGGUGGAGGAGACCAAGUACAGCGUGGAUCAGAAUCUGCUGAAGGAGUAUUUCCCCAUGCAGGUGGUCACCACAGGCCUGCUGGCCAUUUACCAGGAGCUGCUGGGGCUCACCUUCCACCUGGAGGAGAAGGCUCAGGUCUGGCACGAGGACGUCCAGCUCUACACGGUGAAGGACACGAACUCCGGGGAGACCAUCGGCAAGUUCUACCUGGACCUGUACCCACGGGAGGGGAAGUACGGCCACGCAGCCUGCUUCGGCCUGCAGCCCGGCUGCCUCCUGCCAGACUCGCUCUCCGUGGCUGCCAUGGUGGCCAAUUUCACCAAGCCCACCCCGGACGCCCCUUCCCUGCUGCAGCACGACGAAGUGGAGACGUACUUCCAUGAGUUCGGGCACGUCAUGCACCAGCUCUGCUCUCAGGCGGAGUUUGCCAUGUUCAGUGGCACCCACGUGGAGCGGGACUUCGUGGAGGCCCCGUCCCAGAUGCUGGAGAACUGGGUGUGGGAGAAGGAGCCGCUUGUGCCCUGCUCAGUUUUCCUCCUCCCCCUCCCCGGAACAGGGCUCUUCAACCUGCGCCAGAUCGUCCUGGCCAAGGUGGACCAGGCGCUGCACACCCAGACGAAGGCCGACCCCGUGGAGGUGUUUGCCCGGCUGUGUGAAGAGGUGCUGGGUGUCCCGGCCACCCCAGGCACCAACAUGCCCGCGACGUUUGGCCACUUGGCCGGCGGCUACGACGCCCAGGCGGGUGUCCCACGGGCACCCUCUUCUCCCCCCAUCCCGCAGGUGGGGAUGGAUUACAGGAACUGCAUCCUGCAUCCCGGCGGUUCCCUGGAUGCUUCUGACAUGCUGAGGAAGUUCCUGGGCCGAGAGCCCAAGCAGGACGCCUUCCUGGCCAGCAAAGGACUGAAGGUGGAGAGCAACUCGCUGCCUUCAGCCUGCUGA